ACAGUGUCCGACAGGGUGAAUAUUAGCUUGGAAAGGAUUUGCGGAUUAGAAGCGACACACGAACACUUGUUGUUCUGUUUUGUUUUGUUUUUUCAUCAUACAAAUACAGUUUUUUUGGAGGACUCACGCAGCGUUGGGGAGAAAGGGAAAAACGCUCCGUCCGUUUCCUUGACAACGGAGAGUCAGCUGCUGACAACAAGAGGCCAGUCUUCCAUCUACGUCAUGUCCGAGUUUAGCGGUGAAGACAGGAAGUGGCUGGAUGCCCACUAUGACCCGGUGGCAGGGCUGUACACCUUCACGUCGUGCGUGGACCUGGCCGACCUGAGCGGCGACGGCGACAACGGUCUGGUGGUGGGCGACUUGGGCAGCGCCUCGUCAGCCAUGAAGCUGAAGGUGUACCGAGGAACGUCGCUCACCAGCGAGAGUGCCCUGCUGGACCUUCCCGCUGGCCUUGUGGCCUUCUUCAUGGACCUGCACGAGCCUCGCAUUCCUGCCGUGGCCGUGGCCUCCGGACCGUGCGUCUACGUCUACAAGAACCUGAGGCCUUACUUCAAGUUCACCCUGCCGGGCCUUGACGUCAACGCGCUGGAGCAGGAUGUGUGGCAGCAGGCCAAGGAGGGCCACAUUGACCACGUGACCUUGAAGGAGAUGUUGGAGGGCAUCAGGAAGAAGGCAGACGUGCCGUUGUCUGUGCGCUCGCUCCACUUCCUGUCUCUGGACGCCGAGCACCUGGAUGACUUUGUCCAGUUGCACAAGCAGCAAGCCAUCAAACGACAGACUGUCAUCACCUGCAUCGCAACCCUGAAGAAAAGCACGGCCGACGAAGACGGCGUCAGCUGCCUCGUCAUCGGCACUGAGAGCAGCCAUGUUUAUGUGCUGGACCCCGAAGCCUUCAUCAUCCUCGCAAAGAUGGCGCUGCCCGCCGCCCCCACCAUGAUGGACGUGACGGGACAGUUUGACGUGGAGUUUCGGAUCACGGUGGCGUGUCGUAAUGGAAACAUCUACAUCCUACGGAGGGACUCAGACAGACCCAAGUACUGUGUGGAGCUGUCGUCACACCCCGUGGGCCUGGUGAGACUCGGAAAGAACGUGGUGGUGGGCGCAACCGACCAGAGCCUGCAAGGAUUCACACAGAAGGGGAAGAAGCUGUGGAAGGUGGUCCUCCCGGCUGCCAUCUCCACCAUGGCAGCCAUGGACCUCCCAACACGAGGCUUCCAGGCAGUUCUAGUGGGUCUGACCAACUGCGAGGUCCAGCUGUACCGGGAGAAGAACCUGUUGAGUACCAUCAGGACACCAGACGUGGUGACCAGUAUUUGCUUUGGUCGCUACGGGCGUGAGGACGGGACCCUCAUUAUGACCACGAAGGGUGGCGGCCUGAUAGUCAAGAUCCUGAAGAGGACUGCGGCAUUUGAAGACAGGGACAGCACUCCUGGACCGCCAGCCGCCCAGAGCAUCCGUCUCAACGUGCCCAAGAAGACCAAGCUGUACGUGGACCAAACUCUGAGGGAGCGUGAAAACGGCGUGGCCAUGCACCGGGGCUUCCAGAUGGACCUGAUACGUCUGCGCCUCACCGCGGCCAAGGCCUACGCCAAGGCCCUGGAGUCCAGUCUGACCCCGAUGUCGUCCAGCCCCAGUGAACCACUCAAGAUGAAUGCGGUGGUCCAGGGCCUGGGUCCGUCUUUCAAACUCACCCUCAACAUGCAGAAUACGGCGGCCUGUCGACCCAUCAUGAACCUGGCCAUCGUCUUCCUGUUUGAUGAGAACCUGUACAGGAUGACUAAGCCCUACAUGAAGAUCCCACUACUGGUGCCGGGACUAGUGUACCCGGUCCAGACCCAGGUGGAGUGCACAAGCGACAAGGGCAUCUCUGACAUCAUCAAAGUGUUUGUCCUGCACGAGGCACGCAGCACACCGCUGCUCACGGCGCACAUCAACAUGCCUGUCAGCGAGGGACUCAACUGAGCAGUUCACACUCCCGCCGCCAGGGGGCAGCAUAAUCAUACAGAGUCUGCCUCCUGGUUAUAGAUACCUUAGCUAGAACCUUAGCUAGCUUUCCAGGUGAGACAACGGCAGGAAGUCCACCUGAACUCCCAUGGUGGCGCAGAAGCAUCAAGAUGGCCGCCAUCUUGCGCUGUUUGGCACACAGACGUUCUGGCGACUCAUGAAGAAUAAAACCCUAUAGGUUUCGUUGUUGAGCGUCGUCAUCAAUUGUGGAAUUAAACGUCAUAAACGCCAACUUGAAUGAAAUGUAAUAUACAUUAUUAUUGUACAAAAAUAGAGAUUAUCUAUGUCAGUGAAACACGGGGAAUCAUUGUUUUUAAUUGUUAGGCGUAAUGAAUUGUCAACGAGGCAUUGAGUUGAAAGCGUAUAGUGUCCACAGGGUAGCGCUGUACUAAACAUUUUUUUAAGUCACUGUACCUCGUUUUAUCGUUUAAGUUCAUUAUAGAAUGAAGAGAAGUCAAAACUGUCACUGUGUUUGCUCAAUACUUAUUUCCAUAAUAAAAGAGCG